AACUUCAUCGAACGGACCUCUUGACACACCUGUUCGUCUCUGCCAACGGUAACCUGUACUUUUCCGAUGUGACCACCAGCGAUGCUGCUGUGUAUUACUGCAUGGUCAAGCUCAUGCCCCCCUCCGGUACCCCCAUAGCCACCGCCCAGCCUCCGUCGAGAGUCAGUAUGGCCAUAGAGCUACAGGUGACCCAGACAGAGCCCAGCAUCUGGGGACCUCAGAUUGCCGAUGAUUUCCCUGCCGUGUACCCAAGGCAACCGUUAAGAGGACAAGAAGUGAGACUGGAAUGUCUAGCCUAUGGAACCAUGACCAUACGCUACUCCUGGUCGCGAGAGAAGCUGCCUCUGCCGACCGACUACUACCUGCUGGAGGAGAACCGUGUGCUCAUCAUCCCCAACGUGCAGGUGGAGGACGCGGGGGUGUACGUGUGCCACGCAUCCCGGGGCGGCACCGGAUCAGCGGCGGCCACAGCACAGAAAUCCAUCCGCCUCAACAUCGAAUCGAGUCCCUACUACAUCUACGACCUUCACGACAAGCACGUGGACGAAGGCCGGAGAGUGACUUGGCGAUGCGAGGCGCGAGGCGUCCCGGCCCCCACUUACACCUGGUUCAAGGACGGCGAGAGUCUGCAGCACGUGUCUGGGGACGUGGAGAUACUCAGCAACACCCUCACCGUCGUCAGCCCUGAUGCCGCUCGUCAUAACGGCAUGUACCAGUGCCGGGCCAGCAACACCCAUGGCACCGUCUACUCCACAGGACAGAUGAGAGUUUUGGGAUUCAAACCCACUUUCACCAAACAUCCGGUCCAGUCCAUCACCCUGGGUGCUCGUGGAGGAACAGCAACCAUAAGAUGUCCACCGGAAGCAGCUCCCAAACCUGAAAUCACGUGGUACAAAAAUGGCGCCAGCGUUGGAAGUACAGAAGCAACGGCACGGAUUCGUAUCCUUAGCAACGGGAAUAUUGUCAUCAGCAAUCUGAUUGAAUCAGACUCCGGGACGUACAUGUGCCAAGCGGUGAACGUGUACGGCCAAGCUUCCAGUUCUGGAAAACUCGACGUACUGGCUCAAACGACCAUCAGUACCUACCCCAGGGACACUACAGUGCAGGUCAACCACACGGCCUUCCUGUCCUGCGUAGUGUCACAUGACCCGGAACUCGAUCUUCAGACAGACUGGCUCUUCCAAGGGAAGCCACUCUACUGGAAGGACGCCCACUAUCGCAAGGGCUCAGAGGGAGGAUUGUCGGGUCUGUACAUUCAGGGCUGUCAACGACGGCACGCGGGGCAGUACACGUGUCUGGCAGUCACCACCUUUGACACUGUCACUGCCAACGCUACGCUCACCGUCGUCGGGCCGCCCUCGGAGCCUGCAGGGUUGACUGUAGAGACCAGCCUGGACUACACCAGCAGAAGCGUCACCUUACGGUGGACACCAGGUGACGCCGGGGGCAGUGCUGUGACGUCAUGGACAAUACAAGCCGCCACGGACUUCAACCCGGCUUGGACAUUCAUCAUGCAAAACGUACCGGAUUCCUCCACCAUUGUUCAGGGCCGUGAGAGAAGGGAGAUAACUAUCACUGAGUUGCGGCCGUGGACGGCGUACAAGUUCAGAGUUAGCGCCCGUAACGCUCACGGUCUUGGUCCUUACAGUGUGCCGUCUGCUUACCACCAGACGUCAGAGGGCCCUCCCACUCUUGCACCUGGCAACAUCACUGCUGGCGAGGGGAGCAAACUCGGUGACCUGAGUAUCACCUGGACGCCCUUGCGCGAGGAAGACCAUGGUGGUGCUGAGUUUGGCUAUAACGUUUACUACCGUCUGCAUGACCGACCUGGCAACUGGCAAAAGGGUACGGUUGGUGAUGUUGGCUCCUUCGUGGUUCUCGUGGGGAAAGAAAACUUUUAUACUCCCUAUGAAGUCAUGGUGCAGCCGUUCAACCGGGCAGGGGCUGGUCCCAACUCUUCUGUCGCGACGAUCUAUUCGGCAGAGGAUCUACCUAUUGGAACUCCUGGUAAUAUUCUAAUCUUCCCCCACAACUCCUCUGCACUCGAUAUCACCUGGAUCCCGGUGCCAGACACCAAGGAAGCCGCGAGAGGCAAGAUUCUUGGUUACCAGGUAAACUAUUGGGAAGAUGUAACUAAUCCCCUCAUCAUGAGCCACUACACUGGGGAAGCCUCCAGUGGAGCCACAGUCAUUGGUCUGUUGCCAAACACCAUGUACGUCAUGGAUGUACAGGUCUACAACUCGGCGGGCCUCGGGCCAGUCAGCGAAAAGAACAAACAGAGGACAUACAACAGUGGGAUGACGUCACAGCCAACAGAAGUGACGGUGUCGUCUCACGGUACAGACAGUGUGUACGUCACAUGGCGCGGUAUCUCCCGCAAACAGAAUGAAGAGACUCUUGUGAGCUACACGAUUUCUACCUGGCCGUACACAGACAACAUUCGGACUGCUGAGAUCGUCUUUACGGGCAGAAACGAAUAUGGAGUAGUAAGAGGAUUGAAGAAAGAUGUUCUGUACAAACUGCGGGUGUGCCCAAUCAAUCUGGGGGGUGAUGGCGCCAGUAGUGUGGAACUGCUUAUCACACUGGGGGGCCUGAUACGCUACGACACAACGAAAACGGACAUUCUCGCAGGUGUCGGUCGACAGGGCGGCUCAUUGUGGACUGUAAUUCUUCUUCUCACUUCUUAUCUACUGUUGUAAAUAAAUAAUCCUUCACACACGUGCUUUGGCUCUUGCUAGGUUUUUAAACUUCACACAAUGAAACUGUUGCUGUGUGAAACACAAUGCUUUCUCAACCAGGAGCCUGUUGGAUGUAGUCUUGGUAUUUGACAUUCAAGACAGCACCGCAUCUUGGUGCCAACAAAGUCCGUGAGGACGCUUCGGUAAAAGGUGGAGCGAACUGUAGGCUACAUUGGAGACAAAGCUUUGACUAUUGUUUCCUAUUGUUUUCAGUGGUGUGUGUGUGCAUGCGAAUGUGCGUUCUGGUCAUUAUUCAAUUUACCCUAUUUUGAUUUUCUUUUUUUGAUGCGAUAAUGAGAUCACACAUUUUGUAUUUUUCGAAUAAAAUCUUUUUUCUCGUU